AUGUAUGGAGGUGAGAAUUGGGGUGCUGAGGUCUCAACCUCUUGCAUCAACCCGGCCAACUGGACUCGUUCCUACAGCCGAACAGGGUAUCUCGACCCGCUUACAGACAAUGGCAACUAUGACGUGCUUGCCAAUGCUCAUGUCACUCGAAUUAUCUUUGAUAGUUCUUCCGCCUCGGACAACCUCACCGCUAACUCUGUGGAGUACACCAUUGAUGGUGGAUCUACCUUCCGAACUGUCAACGUAACGAAGGAAGUGAUCCUCACCGCUGGCUCUGUUAACAGCCCGGCAAUCCUCAUGUACAGUGGCGUGGGUCCCAAGGACGUUCUCUCCGAAGCCGGUGUUGACCUUAUCUCCGAGCUCCCUGGUGUUGGCCAACACUUGCAGGAUCAUAUUAGUGCCACUGUCACAUGGACCACUGAUGUGGACACCGCAGGUUCGAUCUACUACGACAACCUCACGGAGAAGUCAAACCCUCUCUUAUACUCAUACAUUGAUUCUGCCAUCGCCUACAUCAACGCUUCCUACCUAGGCAUUGAGGAUAUGGACGUAACAAUCCUGAACUCGAUCAAUCUGCAUGCGCCCAACACCACCUACGAUGCCGGUGUCAUCGCUGGCUAUAAGGCGAUCUGCAAUACCACUGUCUCUGAUAUCAUGAAGAGCCCCACAGGUUUAAUCGAGCUGUUGUUCAUGAACAGUGACGCCAGUGGCAUUGUUGGUAUCACUGCCGCGCUGCAGCAUCCCUAUAGCCACGGCCGUAUCUACAUCAACUCCUCCAACCCCGUCGACAGCCCCGUCAUCGACCCGAAUUACCUGAACAAUACUGCCGAUUACGAGAUACUCCUCGCAAGAUUGAAAGUGGCACGCAGUCUAGGCGAAACUUCCCCAUUGAGCAACAAUCUCACGGGCGAGACGGCUCCAGGUUCAUCCGUCACGACUGACGAAGAAUGGCUAAACUGGAUCCGUAAGGAGGCCGGCACAGAAUUCCACCCCUCUUCUUCUUGUGCUAUGCUUCCUCGUGACCAGGGUGGUGUCGUUGAUGCCAAUCUUCGCGUCUAUGGCCUAGCCAAUGUUCGAGUCGCAGACGCCAGUGUCCCUCCCAUUGCUUUGUCAACCCACCUAAUGGCCUCGACAUACGGUUUAGCCGAGCAGGCCAGUAACAUCAUCCAGGAGUUCCAUACCCCCAGAUCCUCGGCUACAAAGUCUUCCAUCAUUGCCGCCUCCGCUAGCGGCAGCAGCAGCAGUAGUAUGGCUCCCAAGAAGAGCAACGAUAGUCCCGCUAGCUAUCAAGGCGCCUCCUUUCAGACGUGGGAAACUGCCUUGGUCUUCACCACUUACGUUGCGGUCGUUUUGAAUCUAAGUUUUUAG